AUGUUCCUGGCUCGGCAGCCAUCUUCACCUGAGCCAACCUCCGAGCAACCGAACAGAGCCACUGGGCCGCAUGGCACAUUCACUUUAGGUCCUAACGCUCAAAAUACGCAAAAGCCAACUGCUCCUGGCUCGUCUUCUGGACCUGGUGAUAGAGUAGGUGUUACUUCAAGGCCACACGUUGGAGAGGAUAAGAAACCAGAUUCCCCUGGAACUGUUGGUGCAACCCCACCACAACUUCCUGGGCGGCAGCCAUCUUCACCUGAGCCAGUUCCCGAGCAACCGAGCAGAGCCACCGGACCACAUGGAUCGUUCACUCUAAGUCCUAAUGCCCAGCCUACUGUUCCUGGCUCGUCUUCCGGACCUGGCGACAGAGUAAACACUACUCCAGGGCCACAUGUUGGAGAGAAUGAAAAACCAGAUUUUUCUGGAGCAGUUCAUGCAACUCCACCACCGGACGUUCCUGGCAGGCAGCCAUCUUCACCUGAACCAACUCCCGAGCAACCGAACAGAGCCACUGGACCGCAUGGAACAUUCACUCCGAGUCCUGAUUCUCAGAAUACCCAGAAACCUCGUGUCCCUGGAACGCAACCUGGACCUGACGAAAGGAUCACCGUUACUCCAAGGCCACAUGUUGGAGAGAAUGAGAAACCAGAUUCUCCUGGAACAGUUGAUGCAACUCCACCACCGAACCCAUUUACUCCAGGAUUCCCUUCUAGACCCGAUAGUAGAGCCAAUGUUACUACAAAACCGAGACCGAACAUAGAAACCGACAGACCGGGUAGCAGGUCUUCCAGUACGACUUCACAACCUCACAAUCCAGAACAAAGCCAAGUAUCCUCUGAGCCAACCAACAGAGUCGCUGGGCCAUUUGAGCACACCACAAGAUCUAUCCAAGAAACUCGGAAACCAGCUACGCCAGGAUUUCCUUCCAGACCCGACGAAGGAGUCACUCAUACUCGAGAACCUGCAAGCACUGACAAACCAAAAACACCUAAGCCAACACAUGAGCUAAGUGAAAGAGUCAGCGUUACCCCACGACCGAGCGUUCCAGAAAGAUUGCCAUCUUCAGCUGAACCAUCCAGUACAUCUUCAUCGACUUCCGAAUCACCUUCAGAAGUCACCAUAACACGCGGAAGAGUUGCUUCAACCCCACGUCCCGACAAUAGAGGCACCCACAGGCAGACUCCAGAAUCGCCUAAUGGAACAAAUGAGAGGGCUAGCACGACCUCAAGACCUGAUGUUCCAAAUUCACGGCGGCCAGCCACCUUCACCUCGUCUACUGUGUCACAAACCAGAACAACUGAACCAAGCGAAGGCUUCAAAGUAAAUCGUACGCAAACCACAGGACCAAUGAUUGAGAUUGAUGGGGAAAUGAACCCUCAACAACCUGAUCCAGACAGUGUUACACCCUCAAACCGGAAAGGUUUGUCUACAAGCAGCCCGACAUCUGUGGUAGAAGAGCGUGUGCCUCCUGCAACCAAAGAGCAGGAUCGCCAGAACUUCACUACAACCCUUCCCGAAAUUCUCAGCACCACUCCAGCAACACUCAGCUCCAAUGGUGCUACCGUAGUCAAUGAGAAAACUUCAAGCACCUUUGAAGUUGGACCAACUAAUACCACAAUUUCCUUCCUCACUAGUCCCACUGCUUCACCACCUCCAUCCUUUACUUUGCACACAACUGUCCCUGUCGUUUCCAGCACUGCACCAUCACGUCCUGUCACCGAUGCACCCACCAGCACCACCGCACCGUCCAAACCAGAUUUUAUAGAACCUGAUAUUCUUAUUGACUCAGAACUCCAUUCGACUACCGAAGAUGAUCUCAAAGUGGUUGUGGAGUCAUUUGAAACCACACUGCCGCCACCAAAUGAGGGACAAGUCACCAACAAACGAUGCUCUUCGACCGACCGCUCGAUGUGCCACGAGUUGGCGAUCUGUGAAGUCGCUACCGGAUCAUGCCGAUGUAAGGACGGCUUCACUGGUGAUGGAUAUUCGAACUGCACGUGA